UCAGCUCUUCCCCAUCUUCCAUCGAUUCAAGGCCUUAUUGCCGCUGCUUCGGACUGGACGAUGGCGUCUUUUGCAGACGAGCUCCUGGCUGACUUUGGCUCCGACGGCGGGGCAUCUGACGGCGAAGCAUCCGCGUCCCAAGAGACGGGCGCGAGGGUCAAUGGAACCAACGGAAGGCAGAAUGGCCAUGCUGGGAAAGGUGGCGGCGACAAGGACGACGACGAAAAUGAUGGAUGGGGCGAGAUGAGGGACGAAGACCUCGACGAUCUGGAGGGUGGCGAUGAGGACGAAGAGGACGGCAUGGCUGUUGAUGGCGAAGGCCAGGGCGGGCAGAGGCAGCUGGCCAAGAAUGCUAUACGCCCGACGGACGAAAUGACAGAGGACGACGUCGAAAAGAUGGAUCUUGGCCCGGAAAACGUUGAGAGCGUGUCGAGUGUGAGCAAGCUCAUGGGCAGCACAAAGAUGCGAGAGACCCUCGAGGCCAUCGAGCACUACUCUUCGCUGAGCGAACCCGACAUCAGCGGCAUCCUCGAGGAAUCGCCCGAGUACCGGCUGAUCGUCAGAGGCAAUAACCUGGCCGUUGAUGUUGACAAUGACAUCAUGGUCGUCCACAAGUUCAUCCGCGAUCACUAUGCACCGCGCUUCCCCGAGCUCGAGUCGCUGAUCCCCAACCCGUGGGAGUUUGUCCAGACGGUGCAGGCAAUCGGCAAUGACGAGGAGGAGCUGAGCAAGGUGCAGCUCGACAAGAUUCUUCCCCACGGUACUGUCGUCGUCAUCAACAUGACUGCUGCCACGUCCAAGGGGAAAAAGCUCGACGAGGCAGCGUGGCGGCGCGUAGACGAGGCGUGCAAGGUCGUGUUCGAGCUCGAGGAGGCCCGGCGAAAGAUUCUCAACUACGUCGAGUCGAGAAUGACGAUCAUUGCGCCCAACCUGUCGGCCGUUGUGGGCACUAGGGUCGCCACCAAGCUUCUCGGUAUCUCUGGUGGUCUGACAGGGCUGAGCAAGAUCCCAGCGUGCAAUCUGAUCCUGCUUGGCGCGUCGCGAAAGGCGCCCACGGGCUUCUCGACUGCGCAUGGGGGCAAGCCACAGGGCUUCAUCAUCCAGUGCCCGCUCAUCCAGAACACGCCCGAGGAAUACCACCGACAGGCCGCUCGAAUUGUCUCGGCAAAGGCCGUGCUCGCUGCCCGCGUCGAUGCAGGCCACAGCGACCGACUGGGAACCUAUGGCGCACGGCUAGCGCAGGAACUGACGCAGAAGCUGGAGAAGCUGCAGGAGCCACCACCGUCAAAGAUGACAAAGGCCUUGCCUGUUCCACAGGAAGGAAGCGGCAACAAGAAGCGGCGAGGAGGAAGGCGGGCGAGAAAGGCAAAGGAGGCCAUGGGUAUGACUGAGCUUCGGAAGAUGCAGAACCGUGUCAAGUUUGGCGAAGCGGAGGAAGAGAGCGGCGCAUUUGACGAGGUCAUUGGCCUCGGCAUGGCUGGCUCCUCGAGCAAUACGGGCAGGAUCAGGGCGCAGGCGGGCGAGGCGAGGAGCAAGGCAAAGAUGUCGAAGAGGAACCAGACGCGCCUCGAUCAGCUCCGUGGCGGUGGUGGUGCGGGCGGGCUGCGGCUGCCAGACGCUGCAGGAGGCGCAGACGACACGAGCUCGGGCACGGCAUCGUCGUUGGCUUUUACGCCCGUGCAGGGAAUCGAGCUCGUCGAUCCAUCGCGGCAGAAAAAGGUGCAGGAGGCAAAUGCAAAAUGGUUCCAGCAAGGCAUGUUCUCACUCGCGCCCUCGGUCACCAAGGGAGGAGGUGCGAGCGCGCUUCCUGGGUCGUCGACCAGCAACGGCAGCUCAAUGGGCCCUCCUUCCUCACUGCCAGCCAACAAGAAACAAAAGACGAGCGACUGACCGCCGUCGCCCUCACCGUCUCCUCCCUUUCACUACCAAUGAUGUAUUCUACAGCAAUGCUCCUUGCCCUUCCUCUCCUCUUCCUUUCUUCCUUUUUGCUACUAAUACAAUUGCAAAACAC